CACUCUCGCAGCAGUUUCAGGAAGUCGUCACGGUCACGUUCUGUCACAUGUGUCACGGACCUGCUCCAUCGACUUUCCAUCGAUCCAAGCACUCAACGACGCCAGCAGUCGCACCCUUUACUGGCAUACCUGUGUCCCGAUUUCUGCCAUGAAGGGCCUCAAGAAAACAUUGCUCAACCGGAAAGGCUCUCAAACGUCGCAGGAAAGCUCAUCGAAGAAGGAAUCCAAAGCGAACCAUUCCUCUGCACCUUUGCCGCCGCCGCCCAAUACAGCAAAGCCGCUUCCUGUUCCCGGUGGCUCUGCCGUUGCCAGUGCUCUAAAUACACAACCGCGGUCAGCUUCACCAGCUUCCACAAAUCCAAGUGUUCCAGAUCGCAGACAGUCCACUGAGGCACCAGCACCUCCCUCAAUUGUCGUCGUCAGCUCUGAUAAUGGGCAUGACACUGUUCAUCGGCCUCCUCAUUACGGCGGCCAGCCUGAAAGACAUCCCCCUCCUGAUGCAACACCACCUCGCGCAACCCUCAACCGUCUCCGGGCUGGUCCCAAGGAUACUAUACCAAUCGUCGGAAAACCUCCAAGGAAGCAGAGAAGCAGUCGUUUCGUUGUCACUGAGAAGGUUGAGAUUGAACGAUUGCCUCCAUUCAUGGAGACCGCUCCGAGUGAACGUCCUCAAUUAUUUAUACGAAAGCUCCAUCAAUGCCGCGUCCUGUUUGAUUUUAACGAUGCAAGCUCCGAAUUGAAAGGCAAGCAGAUUAAGGCCCAAACUUUACACGAGAUGUUGGAGUACAUCACUACUCAGCGAGGCGUUAUCACUGAAAGUGUAUACCCCGAGGUUGUCAAUAUGUUUGCUUCUAACCUCUUCCGAUCCAUACCCCCGCCUGUAAAUCCAACUGGUGAUGCCUUCGACCCCGAAGAAGAUGAACCAGUUCUCGAACUUGCGUGGCCACACCUUCAGAUUGUUUACGAGUUCUUUCUGCGUUUCAUCGAAAGCCCUGAUUUCAACACGAAUAUGGCUAAACGCUACAUCGACCAGCCUUUCGUUCUCAAUCUUCUUGAACUCUUUGAUUCUGAAGACCCUCGGGAGCGAGACUUUCUCAAAACUACACUGCAUCGUAUCUAUGGGAAAUUCCUCAACCUUCGCGCCUUCAUACGACGAUCUAUCAACAACGUGUUCUUCCAUUUUAUCUACGAAACUGAACGGCACAAUGGCAUUGCGGAGCUGCUGGAAAUUUUAGGAUCCAUCAUCAACGGGUUUGCGUUGCCUCUCAAAGAAGAACACAAGACCUUCCUUACCCGGGGGCUUAUUCCGCUACACAAGGUGAAAAGCCUUUCCCUGUACCAUCCACAAUUGGCCUAUUGCGUCGUUCAAUUCCUGGAGAAGGAUCCGGCUUUAGCCGAGGAAGUCAUGAUGGGCCUGUUGAAGUACUGGCCAAAGGUGAACUCUCCAAAGGAGGUGAUGUUCUUAAACGAAGUAGAAGAAGUUCUGGACGUGACAGAUCCGGUCGAAUUUCAAAAGAUACAGGUUGCCCUUUUUCACCAACUUGCUCGAUGUAUCAACAGUCAACACUUCCAGGUGGCUGAGCGGGCGUUGCUGUAUUGGAACAACGAGUAUGUCGUGAACCUGAUGAGUGACAAUCUCGCCGUGAUUCUGCCGAUUGUGUUCCCGGCGCUAUACACUAAUUCAAAAUCCCACUGGAAUCGAACGAUCCAUGGAAUGGUGUACAAUGCAUUGAAGUUAUUCAUGGAGAUCAAUCCUGAUCUUUUCGAUGAUGCAAUGCAACAGUUCAAGGAGAGGCAGUACAGAGAACAACAGCAUGCUGUUGACCGGUACAAUGCUUGGCAGAAGAUGCGGGAGAAGGCUCUUCGCAACGCUCCCGGAGGCAAGAUGCCUGCAGGCUACCACGAAAUUCCACAUGUGCCUCCACCACCCCCGCCGACUGUCGAUGAUAACGAUAUUUUGGAUCUAUCAAUGGAGCUUAACGCGGCCUCGAUUGAAGAUGUCACUGGUGAUCUAGACGAACAUGGGAUUGAGCGCGUGCCUAUGGCGGAUCCUGGAUUGGAUCGGACAUAUCCCGACGUUGGAACUACUGAACUAACAUCAAAUGGGCAAGGUCAAAGCCCACAUGUGCGGCGCAAAAGUGUUCUCCCUGUUGAUCCCAGUGUGUUACGCGACCUGCAGGCGCAUAGAAGCCUUGAUGAUGUUGCGGCGCAUAAUAUAACUGGUGGCGGGAUGGGGUCGUACUCGGGAGCAUCGAGCUACUCAUGAACGGUUCCGGUGACCGGGACCACUGGCAGCUCCAAAUCCCGGCAGCUCUUCCACGAACAUUGCUACUUCACCUGGUAAAAAUCGAUACCUUCAUGACGUUCGCCAUUAUAUUACCUUCCUUGUCUCCCGUAAUUCUGAUUCAUUGACUGUAUGCUUCCUUUGAGAUCCCAUUGGAAAACUUUGUACUUUAACUGUGCUGACGGCCUCGCAUAAAGCUUCUUUGGUCUCCCUUUUUUCCUCUGGCAGUAGUUUACACUCAGUACAUUUACGUUCCUAGAAUCAUAGCUGUUUUUAGCUGGAUGUUGCCACUGCAAUUAAUUAAGCGCGCGCGAAAAAUCAGGAAGAUGCCGGAAAGCUGUAGAAGGGUGUAGAGUCACACGAGGUGACAUCAAAUCUGUCACGUG